ACUCGCCGCCCACCGGUCACCUGGUGUUCUAGAACACGCUUCGGAGGCAGCGUCCGAGGCGCAUCGGCCACUCGGCUCCGCGGCCUGAGGCAGGCAGUGCGCCGGCUGCCUAAGUCCUUCGGGGCCUGUCCCGCCCCCUCAGCCUGCGUCACGGAUGCGCCGAGCGUUCUGGAAGGUCCCCCGGGAGGCGGGAGCCCAGGGAGGGUCGGGUUGGCUUGGCUUCCCCGCCCGCGAGGGGCCGGCCCCGCGCUGCUUCGCUCUUCCCCGUCCGCGAGGGGAUGCAGCUCCCGCAAAGUGAAAUAUACUUUAUUGGACUACAGGCUGUGUACUAUGGAUGGGAACUAUUAAGGUUUAUAAUGUCAGACACUCUGCUUCGAACAAAGGUAUCUUCCACAAAGGUGACAGACUGGGUGGACCCGUCGUUUGAUGACUUUACAGAGCAUGUAGGCAUCUCUGCUGUUAGCGCCGCAUCCUUAGGUGUGAAUAACUCGACCCAGAGAAGAAAACAUGUGCCUUCCACAUUAGAAAGUAGCAGACUUCCAGCUAGAAAAAGAGGGAAGCAGGCUGCCACAGAAUCGAUUUACAGUCUAGAAAAUUCCAAACAGCACCUCUGUGAAGAUGACUCAUGGGUGGACAGAUACCAACCAGAAACUCAGCAUGAACUUGCUGUGCAUAAGAAGAAAAUUGAAGAAGUUGAAGCCUGGUUAAAGGCUCAAGUUUUGGAAAGACAACAAAAACAGGGUGGAUCUGUCUUAUUAGUAACAGGGCCUCCUGGCUGUGGGAAGACAACUACUCUGAAAGUCCUGUCAAAGGAGCAUGGUAUUCACGUGCAAGAGUGGAUUAAUCCAGUUUUACCAGACUUCCAAAAAGAUGAUUUCAAAGAGAUGUUUAAUCAUGAAGCGAGCUUCCCUGUGCUUGCCUAUCAGUCUCAGUUGGCAGUUUUCAAAGAGUUUCUGCUGAGAGCGACAAAGUACAACAAACUACAGAUGCUCGGGGAUGACUUGAGAACUAACAAGAAGAUAAUUCUGGUGGAAGAUUUGCCUAACCAGUUUUAUCGAGAUUCUCAUAGUCUACAUGAAGUUCUCAGGAAGUACGUGCAGAUCGGCCGCUGUCCUCUGGUCUUUAUCGUCUCCGACAGCGCCAGCGGAGACAGCAAUCACAGGCUGCUGUUUCCCAAACAAAUUCAGGAGGAGUGUUCUAUCUCGCAUAUCAGUUUUAACCCUGUGGCUCCAACGAUUAUGAUGAAGUUCCUUAACCGGAUCGUGACAAUAGAAGCUAGUAAGAAUGGAAGGAACAUCUCUGUCCCUGAUAAAGCUUGUUUAGAUUCGCUCUGUCAAGGAUGUAGUGGUGAUAUCAGAAGUGCCAUAAACAGCCUGCAGUUUUCUUCCUCUCAAGGAGGGAGCAACUUCCGGCCAAGGAAAAAAGGAACUUCAUUAAAAUCAGAUGCUGUGCUGUCCAAGUCCAGGCAAAGACGAAAACCUGAUGUGGGCUCUGAAGACCAAGAGGUUCAAGCUAUUGGUGGCAAAGAUGUUUCUCUCUUUCUCUUCAGAGCAUUGGGCAAAAUUCUGUACUGUAAAAGAGCGCCUUCCACAGAGUUGGUCUCCCCUCGCUUGCCAUCUCACCUGUCAGAGCAUGAGCGGGACCCGCUGCUUGUCUGCCCGGAGGAAGUGGUGGAGAUGUCCCACAUGCCGGGAGAGCUGUUCAAUCUGUACCUUCACCAGAACUAUGUAGAUUUCUUCCUGGAAGUGGAGGACCUGGAGAGAGGCAGUGAGUUGCUCAGCUUUGCGGACAUGCUCGCCGGGGACUGGAAUACCCGCUCUCUGCUGCACGAGUACAGCACAUCUGUAGCCACCCGAGGUGUGAUGCAUUCCAACAAGGCCCGAGGAUUCGCUCACUGCCAGGGAGGAGGUUCCAGUUUUCGGCCCUUGCACAAACCCCAGUGGCUUCUAAUAAAUAAAAAGUAUCGGGACAAUUGCGUAGCAGCAAGAGCACUUUUUUCUGACUUCUGUGUGUCGGCUUUAUGCCUCCAAACUCAGCUGUUGCCGUACCUUGCUAUGCUGACCAUUCCAAUGAGAACCCAAGCUCAGAUUUCUUUUAUCCAAGAUAUUGGAAGACUUCCCCUGAAGCGACACUUUGGAAGGUUGAAGAUGGAGGCCCUCACCGACAGGGAGCAGGCGCUGCCGGAGCCCGAGAGCGGAGACGAGGCGCCCUGGGGACCCGCUCAGCGCCCCAGGGCCGACUCCUGCUCGCUCCCCCUGAGCCAGAGCAGCAGCAGCGAGCUUCCGGCCAGCCAGCCGCAGCCCUGCUCAGCCCAGGCGGAGGUGGACGAGGAGGACCUGGUCAUAGAGGAGUACGAGAGCGACGGGCCCUAGACGGGCUCCGUCGGGGUUCCGGGGUUCCUCCUCCGCAGCCUGGGACCAAGCCCGACGGGGCUCUGUGAUUCCCUCUCUAGUAUUUAUUUAGUUCUGCGAGUGGUUUAGGGAGAGGAGGCCAGUGUGUAUGAAGUGUGUCUGAACCCGAUGCCAAAUAUCAGAAAAUGUGAAGGAUAAUCCAGUAUCCAGUACUCUCCCGGGGUUGUAAAUAUGGACAGAAAGCUGUCAGAGUGCAGGGACAGGUGUAAAUAAACUCGGUGCCUUAUUUGCAGUGUCGUCUCAGAUACCACUUUUGUACGUUGUACACUGGAGUGCCUCAGAUACUUUGGGGGAAAACAUACAUACUUUAUAUCAAAAUUAAAACCCUGAAUCCCA